UGCAGGUUGGGCCUGUGCUUGGGCACCCAUCCUCUGAAGGCCCUGUGCGGCUCCCUCGCCGCCUGCCUGGCCGCGUCGUUCGGCUUGCUGCUGUGGCACGAAGAGCUAAACGAUGUGGAGCUGUUCAUGCCGCGCGACUCGCACGUGCGGCGGGACGCGGCCUGGGUGCAGGCCAACUUCGAGGACGAGAUGCGCUUCGAGAGCGUCAUCGUGGAGGCGGAUAACGUGCUUGACCCGGCGGUUUUGGCA